AUGCCAUUACACAGGCAGAUGCCUCGCAUCAGGCUCCUGGAGGGGCGUGCCGUGGCGUUGCUGCUCAUCUACCGCUUCCUCGUGACCCCCGGCGUUGUCGCCACAGUGUGUGAGUCCUACACCGACGAGGCCACCUGCAACAACGUCAUAACGUCCUCGGGAAGCUGCUUGUGGCAAAACGGGGAAUGCACCACGCAGCUGGGCACCCUGCCCCCCGGCAUGGUGGCCAUCAGCGUGGCGUUGGAGCGGCCCGGCACCCCCUCCUCCACCUCCGCCUCCGGGACCGGCGUGUCAUCCCCCCCUCCGCCCAGCCCGAACCCUGCACCCCGCCCUGAGGCAGAAAUGCCAGCACCCUUCCCAGGCCGCAGGCUGCUCGAAACGGGUGAUUGCAUCGAUAGCCCCACGCCAGAUACCUUCUCCUGCGAACAGCAGCGGGCGUGGGGCAAGUGUGCCGAGCAGUGGAUGGUCGUGGUUGCUAGCGUUUCCCCACAAGCAGAGUUCUGCUCCCAGGCCGUCGACUCCGGUCCAUGCAAGGCGGCCAUCACUCGGUGGACCUACGACGGCAGCAAGGGCAGCUGCACACCCUUUGUAUAUGGCGGGUGCAAGGGCAACGCCAACAAUUUUGAGACGCUGGAGCAGUGCACGAAUGCCUCGGUGGGGGCCUGCGGCGCGAAGAAGUCAAGAAACAUCGGGCAGGCCGUGGUGACCCCUCCCAAGCUCUGA